AUGCCGGACCUUCAAGAACUGCCGUUCAUAGAUCCUACAAGGAGAGUCAAAUACCGCCUUUCGACGUCGGAUGACGCAGCGUCUAUGCGCUCGCUCAACAGUUCCUUCGUGACAGAUCGGGUUUUUCAAAUUGCAUUCAACACAUCCGACACAGGAUCCGGAGACACAGGAUUUGGGCUGGACAUAAGCACUGUCGAGUUGGACAGUCCCUUGCACAAAUUCUUCCUAGAAGACGAGGACUCGGACGGGGACGUCGAGUCAUCCGAUUGCUUUACCGUGGUAGCCGAGGAUACCAAUGCGCUAUCUGCUAGGGAUGCAACUACAAUAGAUCCUCAUACUGCCGGCCAGAGUACGACAAUCGUCGCAUUUAUCUCCGCCAAGUUCUCUAGCUGGAACUCUCGGUUGAUCAUCACUGAUAUCGGAAUCAACCCAUUGUACCGACGCCAAGGAAUAGGGGGGAAUCUCAUCCGCUUAGCGGAAAGCCUCGGCUCUGCUAGAUGGCUAGUCCGCCAUGUGUGGUUGGAAGUGUCGAAUGUCAACUAUCCGGCUAUCCAGAGUUAUCUCAAGAUGGGGUUCAAAAUAGCUGGACUGGACAUCUCCUUAUAUGUCGGUACCCCAGCGGAGGGAGAAUUUGCGAUUUUCAUGUGGAAGGAAGUACCGGGAUCAGCGGAGGUAGGAACAUAG